UCCUCCCCUGGAGUGACUUCCUCUGCUGACGUGACUUCAUCUCCUGGAGUGACUUCCUCCCCUGGAAUGACUUCUUCUCCUGGCGUUACAUCCUCCCCUGGAUCCCCUGGAGUGACUUCCUCCCCUGGAGUGAGUUCCUCUCCUGGAGUGACUUCCUCCCCUGGAGUGACCUCCUCACCUGUGACUUCCUCGCCUGGAAUGACUUCCUCUCCUGGAGUGACUUCCUCUCCUGGAGUGACUUCCUCCCCUGGAAUGACUUCUUCUCCUGGAGUGACUUCCUCUCCUGGAGUGACUUCCUCCCCUGGAGUGACUUCUGCUGGAGUGACUUCCUCUCCAGGAUCGACUUUCCCUCCUAGUGUGACUAAAUACCCUGGAGUGACUAAUAUGAUGGUUUCCACUGAAUCAACAAGUUCCACUGUGUUAACGGUUAUAUCAACGAUGGAUCACACUCAAUCGCCAAGCUACGAACAGUCAUUUGCAACAACAACAUACACACCACAUGCCAAUUACAAUGAAACAAUUACAUACACACCACAUAAAAAUUACACCCCAAUUACAACCUACCCACCAACCACAAACCACACUAAAACUACAACCUACCCACUUACCGCAAACCAUACUGAAACUACAGCCAACAUUACACCCAUAAAUCACAAUGAAACUAAAACCUAUCCACCAACCACAAACCACACAAAAACAACCUACCCACCGGCCACAACCCACACUGAAACUACAACCUACCCAACUACAAACCACACUGAAACAACAACCUACCCAACCACAACCCACACUGAAACUACAACCUACACAACCAACACUGAAACUACAACCUACCCACAAACAACCCACACUGAAACUACAACCUACCCACCCACAACCCACACUGAAACUACAACCUACACAACCUACACAACCAACACUGAAACUACAACCUACCCACCCACAACCCACACUGAAACUACAACCUACACAACCUACACAACCAACACUGAAACUACAACCUACCCACCCACAACACAAACUGAAACUACAAACUCCCCAACCACAACCUACACUGAAACUACCACCUACCCAACCACAACCCACACUGAAACUACAACCUACACAACCUACACAACCAACACUGAAACUACAACCUACCCACCCACAACACAAACUGAAACUACAACCUCCCCAACCACAACCAACACUGAAACUACAACCUACCCACCAACAACCCACACUGAAACAACAACCUACCCACCAACAACCCACACUGAAACAACAACCUACCCACCCACAACCCACACUGAAACUACAACCUACCCAACCACAACCCACACUGAAACAACAACCUACCCAACCACAACCCACACUGAAACUACAACCUACCCACCUGCCACAAACCACAGUGAAAAUACAACCUACCCAACGACAACUCACACAUCAUCAAAAAACCUUCCCACACCAACAACUGUACACACCCAACAGACCCCACACCCAAUAGAAAAUCAAAGAACUAAGCGCACGGUCUCCGGGCGUUCACGUCAAUCAAAGUCCAAACACGAAAAGGAUAAGCCUUCGAUAAAAACGAAUGCUCCUCAUUACGAACCAAAUCACUGGACAAAGACGAAUCAGAAAUUCAAUUCUAAACAUAGUCAUCAUGAAAUAAACCGUGGUCAAUCCAAAACUCACCUUUCCAGAGGGCAUAGUCUGAAAUUUUAUCGCGAUGAAAAGAAACAAGAACCUCCUAAUUUUAACAAGUAUCCAACUGCAAACCAAGGUUCGCAUCGUUCAAGAAAAGCUCAAAUUCAUCAACAAAAUUUUAACACAAAAAAUAGUCAAAAUCAUCAACGGGAUUUUAGACCAACAUAUGAUCAAAGUCGUCAUCGUUUCAAUACAAAAAAUGGCCAAAGUCAUAAGCAACAACACAACAGCAUAAAACAAAUACAAAAAUUCCAAAGUCACGGAGGAAACUUCAGAAGUGGAAAUAAUAAUCACUUCGGAAAACGAAAUUCCGCGGUUUGCAAGGACAAGAUUCAACUUCUGUUUAUUAUUGACAUCCAAGCACCACUCAGUAGCCCAGAUUGUGCUCAGAUUCUGGUCUUCGUGACAGAUUUUCUCUCUGGUUUCAAAAUCUCUAAAGACGCCGUUCAAGUCAGCUUGGUCUAUUCCGGUCCUACUGUUUCUGAGAUUUUCGACUUCAACAAGUUUUCCCAAAACUCGCCGGUCACCGAGGCGAUCUACCAUUCCCCAUGCCCAGGUUAUGAAGGGCCCCCAACUUUAGCUGAAGCCUUCAGAUACGCUCGCUACAAUUCCUUUGCACCACCAAGUGGCGAAUCAUCUAGAGUUAUAAUAGUUUUAACCAACGCUGACUCUUUGGAUGGCGAGUCAUCUAGAGUUAUAAUAGUUUUAACCAACGCUGACUCUUUGGAUGACACCCCAGCGGCCUCAGAGUCCAGACUUCUCCAGGAAAAUGGUGUCAAGGUCAUUGCUCUGCGAGUCGGCAGAAACCUGUCUCAGAAGUCACUGACGUCACUAAGCUCGUCACCAAGCCUGACCUUCACCGUGGCCAACUUCUCCCUUCUGAGCUCGCUGCACGGUCAAGUGCUCGGCUCCGUCUGCUCUUCUUUUGGCAUUUGAAUGAAACCUUGAUUGUCAUUUUCUUAUACCAA